AUGACUAGGCCCCAAAUGAUUCGAGCUGAUACCUUGGAUCUCCAAGAUCACGAAACCCCGUCCGCCAAAGAUCACACCAAGCAACCAGAGCACCCUACACCCCUUGGGGGCGGCCGGCCUGCCCCCCACCAGGAAUUAUCCAUUCGUCAUGCAGACCAGGAUACUAAAUCGGAGAUAUCAAACGGACCCGGUGCCGACGGUAGCCAUGAGUAUCAAAAUGGGGACAUGUACGACGACCCAGAAGAGAUAGAUGGGGACGUAGGACGGAACGGGCACUACGAUCAUGAAGACGGGGAUCUGGCAGAUGGCGAAAGUGAUGAUCUCCUUGAUGAUGACUUGAUGGAUAAAAUAUCCAGCUCUCCCUCGAUCGAUGACGAGGAUAUCGACUUCGAGUUUGUCUACGCGCUUCACAAUUUCGUGGCAACAGUCGACGGUCAGGCAAAUGCUGCCAAAGGAGAUACCAUGGUGCUUCUAGAUGACAGUAACAGCUAUUGGUGGCUUGUGCGAGUUGUCAAAGACGGAAGUAUCGGCUAUCUCCCAGCGGAACACAUCGAAACCCCUACUGAACGCCUUGCCCGAUUAAACAAACACCGAAACGUCGAUCUGUCUGCGACAAUGUUAGGCGAUAAUUCAGAAAAGUCCAAGAACCCUCUGAAGAAAGCCAUGCGAAGGCGCAAUGCCAAAACUGUCAAUUUUGCUGCUCCUACAUACAUUGAAGCAUCCGAUGUCGAAUAUUCUACGGAUGAGGAGGACGAACAUGGUGAUUUUUUCAACGAUGACGAAACAGUCGAGUCGGAAGAUGGUGACGCCCAGGAGCAGAAUGAAGACAUUGUUGUAGAACCUUUGCGUCCCAAGGUGCAGAAAGACAAGCCUACAGAGCAGGCAGAGGGCGCUAGCUCCCCGGAAAAACAAGAAUCAGAUCGAGCGAUAUCUGACCCACGGCGGUCAAGCGAGGAGUUCUUUGAUCCUGAAGAGCCCACUGUCAGUAGAUCCAGAAAUGGUACUGUGCGGAACACGGAUUCUUUCUUCAAGGAUGACACUGCCGAGCCAAAGAAGAUUUCACUUACGCCCAAUCUGCUGCGUGACGAAUCCAGCAGCACUACUUUGACGAACGAUUGGAAAGAUGGUCGUGGAUCUUUCGAAAGCAUCGACAAAGCUACUGGGUCCCAGGACAAAGUUAAAGACGACAAAAAACGCAAGGAUAAAAAACCAGGGAUGCUUAGUGGUCUCUUCAAGCGUAAAGAUAAGAAGACCAGAUCCGCCGAUGAUGACUUUGAGGAAGCAGAAAAGUCCCCGGCGGAGUCUGCAUUCCGUGCUUCGCCUCAGCCAAAGGCAUCUUUGGAGUCUGUGUCACCAGAACAACCACGAACUGUCAAGCCACAGCGGCAAACUAGUAACAAGCUUCAGAAACAACCCCCAACCACCGCAAGUCCUACCGCAACCAAAACAGACGGAUCUUCUGAUUCCGUGAACGCAGACUUGAUCAUGGAAAGGGAGAUUACAGUCAGAAGCCAAUCUGAACAAUCAAUUCGUCGGGUAACUUCCCAAGAUACCGAAAGCAUUGGGGAUGGAGCUGUAGCAUCCCCUGUUGGCCAACUUAACCCUUCCAAAGACUCAUUCGCAUCCGUUGGUUCUCGAGACCCUUUCGCUUCUCCCGAUGAGCAGCUAUCCAGCGAAGCACAGUGGCGAGGCCCGUACGACUCGUCUGAAAAAAUCUCUAAUGUUCAACCAUCCGUGAUGUCUCCUCCCCAAAGGUUCAACCCGAAGGUGGUGACCGAUCACUACGACCGCGCAUCGGUAUCCCCCAUCGACUUCGACCAGGAAGGAGAUCAUAUCCCUAUUGCAGCGCCUGGAUUGACCAAGGAGACAAUCCAGCGAGCACAAUCCAUCUCCCCACCAUCCUCUCCAUCAUCUCCUGACACUGAUGCCAACUAUAUGAAGGGAGGUAGCGAAGCUACCCCCGGUUCCCUGGACACCCUUUCAGUGGACACUCCAACUUGGAGCGAUGCCAGCCUACGAUCAUAUAUGGAUGAAGAAAAUGACAUUCGCGAUCUUUUCAUUAUUGUCCACGAUAAAUCCAAUAUCCCCCCUGCGGGCCCCGAACAUCCUGUCACUGGACGACUUUUCAAAGAGGAGAGCAAGCGGUUGAAAGAGAUGAACAAUCAGCUUGACGAGAUGCUUGUCAGCUGGAUGUCCCAGCGGACAAAACACUCUAGUACCAUACAAAACAUGCAGAGCCCAACUUCUUAA